GCAGACUCUCCUGUCCGAGCUUCAGUGGAUCAUGGCGGCACAGAUGGCGGUAAAUUCGGGUAUGAGUCACAUUUCUGUAUUUUCUUAAUUUAAACGAUGUUCAUAUGGAUUACCUGUGUCAGUAUACCGCAGAGAAACAAAAGAAAAACAUGUCCACUGUACCUGCUGUAUCGUCGAGUCUUUAUUUGAGCAGACGGUGGUCAUGAACUGAAGUACAGGCGUUCAUGCUAGGCUAACAGGCCGAGUCUGCAUGUAAAUGUCAGGGCUGCUAAUGUGGAUCAUUGAUGGUCUCACGUGGGUUUAUCAAAUAUCUUUUAAGUGUUUGUGUUUUUAAAAUAAAAGUCAUGUUAUGCCUCGAAGACAGUUUGAAGAAAAAUGUGAUAAGUCAACAGAUAACUUCACCGAUGAGAAUUGAAACUGAAACUAUCAGGAAAGCAGAGGAAUAUUUUAUUAAUUUUAAUAUUAUUAAAGUAAGUUAAGUGUUUAUCCCCGGAGGUCAGGUCAUGAAACAGAUAAACUCAGGCAUACUCUACACAGUAAAUACUGUCUGUUUACCCGUGAGGUGGAGCAGACCUGUUUACUUGGUCCUACUUGUUGUGGUGUAGUUCUCCUGUUGGUCUGUCAUACGGUGAUCAAUAAAAACGUUAUUGCCAAACCCUGAAACUGAAAAACUCAGCAUUUCAGCAAAGAAAAAAAAAAGAUUGUUUUUAAUUCUAUGCAUGCAAGAAAGAUGUGACCGAGACAAGUGAGUGAGAGUAAAAAAUGAGAUUCAGAGGCUGAGUCUCAAGUUCAAAACCUCUCUGAACAAAGUAAGUGAGUGGAUUUCAUCAUCUUCAGUACACAACAUCAUUAAAAGAUUCAGAGAAUCUGGAGAAAUCUCUGAACUAAAGGGACAAGGACCAAAUCCAAGACUGAAUGGUCCUGGUCUUCAUGUAAAGUACAUCUCAGCAGUAAACCUCUCCCUGUUCAAACUAUUUUAUAAAUAUAUUACUGGCAUCAAAAUUAAAUUCAAAAUGUUAAGUAAAAAAAUCAAUUUUCCAAUUUUAACGUUCUGCAUAUGUCUGUAGAUACAGACUGGAAAAGAUAGGCAAACCAUCAAAAUCUAUGUUAUCAACAUUUUACCCACUGUCUCUUCUUUUGUGGUUACAGGGUUGUAAAAUUAAAGGAAAUUUGUAUGAUAUUAGUGAUCCCACCUCUAUUUUAUUAAUGGUUCAACAUCAAUUCAGUUUUCCUUUUGUAUGAAACGAUUCAUUGAUAUGACAUUGUUAGAACUUAUACGUGUAGUUAUUGCUGACAUCAAAUAUCAGUUUUUUUAUUUAACAUGAUACAGCUCUAUCAAAAAUGUGCCUUUAUAUUCACUCACACCACUCAACUCUUCGCUUGUGCCCAGUUUACCUUUUCUGCGAUUAUUCAGAUAUCAUAAUACAUCAUCAUAUGAUGGUCUUGAAUCUUAUCACUUAACCUUAAAAGUGAUGUUUUGUGAUAUCAUCAUUAUUGUGGGCCAUUGUAUGUUGAGACAUCCCUUGUCUCUCAUCUCUGAUUAUUUACAUCUGAUAAUACAUUCUUUUUCUUUCUUAAAAGUUAUUUCACAUGCAGUAUUUGUCAGAUUAUGAAUAGAGAAGAAAUUUGUCCAAAAUGUAAAGCCAGUAAAAUAAUUGGAAUGUAAAUAACCGCUUUGUGGAGUAGUGGUGAGACCUGCAGAAAAGUUCAAAUAUUUCAUGUAUGAACCUAGGAGCCAGUCUGUGGGGGCCGCUGAAGGAGUUGUGGGAGACGGUGGAUGGAGCAGUGUUGAGGAAACAGCCGGAGAUUUUCCACCUUUUGGACCUGCAGCUUAAGAAACACAAAGCCAACUUCCUCUCACUCUUCAAAAACCCGGUGAGAUGCUGUGCAAAUUGACCCAACUGCUUUUUUUCAUAUUUGAAUGCAGCUUUCUCAGCGCAGAAGUAUUUGUUAUACAAUGUGGUUCCUAAAACAUAAAUAUUUAUAUAAUCUGGUAUUAUUAUUUUAGCCAAAGAGUGCAGAGCAAAGAGAAAAGGUGCGUAAAGCCAGCACAGAAGGAAUCGCCAUCCAAGGUCAGCAGGGAUCACGUCUUCUCCCAGAGCAGCUCCUGAAGGAGGCCUUCAUCCUCAGUGAUUUGUUUGACAUUGGAGAAUUGGCAGCUUUGGAGCUCCUUCUGGCAGGUAAGGUGGACACAAACAAGUGACUCGCGAGCAGACGUUGGUGCGUUAGAGAUAAAACUCUUACAGCAGCUGAUUUUUUGCUGAUUUUCCCCAGUAAAAUAAACACUUGGACACAAAGCGUUGAACAUGCAGUGGUUAAGAUACUGUCAUUUUGUCUCCAGGUGAGCAGCAGCAGCCCCAUUUUCCAGGUCUGACACGCGGCCUUGUAGCUGUGCUCCUCUACUGGGAUGGAAAGCUUUGUGUGGCACACUCUCUGCGCACACUCAUCCAGUCACGGCAGGGCAAAACCUUCACCCUGGACCUGAGGUAACAGAGCUGUCUGUGAAGCACCAGCACACAUACUUUCAAAUAUAGUGACAUGAGUUCAUCCUCUUCUUCUACCUGUAUUUUUCCAUCAUUGACCUGCUCUGUUGUCGGUUUUCUCACUCAGCGGAGAGCUGGUAGCUUUGACGACACGUUUCACAGACGAGCUGAUGAGCCAGGGUCUGACCAAACGCAUCCUGACCUUAGUCUCAGAGAUAAGUGUGACCCGGGAGUUUGAGAAGCUGCAGAAGGAGCGAGGCCUGGGCAACGAGAAGCACAGGAAAGAGGUUGGGAUGAAGUAACCAAAGUGGAGAUAGAGUCAAGAUAGAGACACACAAAUAUAACUGUUUUUUUAUUUUUUAUUUACAGGUUUCUGACCUCAUCAAAGAAUGCAGACAGGCUCUUGCAGACAGCCUGUUUUUAUGGACCUGCCAAUCACCGCUGACUAAAGAUGACACUCUGGCUCUUAUUGGCUACCUGGAGACAGUCACAGCUCAAGCUGACGGCUCACUGGACAGUGUGAACCUGGCUCUGGUUAUGGCCCUGCUGUACUGCUUAGAUGUCAGCUUCAUAGAACAGGGAACAGAGGACAGAGAAGGUAAAAACACAUACCGUAAAAUACAUGAAAAAGCUGUUGACUUUGUCUGUACUGGAGUGUUGUGAGCUUCACUGUUUGGUCUUUGGUGAGUGAAGUUUUGUGUCUGUGUUGUGUUGUUUUAGAUCUGCUCCAGGCUCUCCCGUUGCUGACGGAGAGGCAGUACGUGUCUGCAGUUCACAGUCGUCUGAUGGACGGUCAAACAUGGAAGCUUCCAGGCCUGCAGGCUGUGUGUAAACUGGCCUGGGCUCUUACUCUGAGGGUCCUGUCUCAGCUCCCACAGGGAUCUGGUAAUUUCCUUUUCAUUUCACAUGCAUCACAUUUGUCUUUCCUCGGCAGACUAAUAUAAUGUCCUGAAGGUUGUUACUCAAACUAAUGCAGAGCGUAUUUUUCUGUGUGUUUUUUGCAGCCCUGGUUGAGUUCACGGAGGCAGACGAGGUUCUCGCCGACCAGGCACUGAAGGGGGAUGUCUUCCUGUUUAUGAAAGAGGGCGUGCUGGGAUGUGAGAGUUUUGCCCAGGAAGAGUUUUACAUCAGACGUCUCCAUUCACUCAUCACAGACUUCCUCGCACUCAUGCCAAUGAAGGUGAGAGAGGCCAGAGUAACAGGCUGACUUGGACAGAAACUGUGUUUGACGUUAGUGUCAGCAAAUCAUAUUAUUCUUCAUGUUUGAUAUCCUUUUCCCUUUGGAGUUUUUAAUAAGAUUUUUCACAAGAUCAGUUUAAUGAAGAAUUUAGUGAUAGAAAAGUCCAACUUCUGAAAAAUAUGUUCAUCUAAAAACACAAUAAUUUGUUGAAACUCCUUUAUCAAAUUUCUCCUCGGGGUUCAAUAAAGUUCUUCUUAUCUUAACAUGAAUCAUUGGAUCAGUGUGGCGUAGUUUUUAAAAACUGAUGAACUAAAACUUCCUCUGCCAUGUCCUUUCUUUAAGAUGCUCCUUUUUAAAUCUGUGAUAAAAUGAUAGAUGCUGCUCUGUGCAGAUUUAGUUAAUGUGUCACAAACUUUGCUGUCUCCUGUCUUUUCUUUGCAGGUGAAACAGCUCCGUAACCGUGCUGAUGAGGAUGCACGUCUGGUGCACAUGUCUCUGCAGAUGGACAGUGAGCUUCCAUCAUCAGUGCGCAAAGACUUAGACCACCUUAUGAUCCUCGUGAGUCCUCUGCCCGCUACAUGCACACAUACGUAAACACAUCAGCUAAGAUCACGGGGAGUCGAACUGAGAAUAUGAUCCAAAUUUCAGAUAUUGAUGCAGAAAAAAAGCUUGAUAAAGUUUUGAGAGGAAAAGUAGCGCAGACGCUGAGUGUUCCUGCUUUUGACAUUUUAGUUUCUGCUUUCUUUUCCAGAUUGGAGAGUUUUACAGUAAGGAUCCUUUUGGGCUGGAGUUGGGCCUAGAGUUCUGGUGUCCCACAGAGUCUCUUCAGCACACGUCCUUGCAGGGAUCCUAUCUGGGGAUGGCACUGCAGAGACCUCCACAUAAACAGGUAAGAGCUGUUUUCUCAGUUUCACUCUUGUUGUAGAAAAGCUUAAUGUGUAAAACUCUGAAAUCUCAGAGAUGGGUUACUCUAGUUUUGGAGAACCUCCCUUUGACUUCUUUCCCCCGCUGUGAUUUGUUGCAGGUGGUUUUAUCCAAGUUUGUGCGUCAGAUGGGAGACCUCCUGCCCUCCACCCUCUACAUCUCCUAUCUGCGUAUGCUGAAAGGCCUUGCCAACGGUCCUCAGUGUGCCCACUACUGCUUCACCCUUCUUAAAACCAACGGAGCGACACACAGUAAGACAGACAGCUCUAAUAACACAGGGGGCUGUUUAAUCUCUGCGACUCUCUGUACACACAGUUAGGGACGGCUGUGGCUCAGCAUUAGAGUCGGUCAUCUCCCAAUUGGAGGGUUGGGGGUUCGAUCCCAGGGCUGUCAUUUGACCCCACCAGCCCCUGCUGGCUGCACCCAGCAGUGUGUGAAUAGAGUUAGUUAAAAAACAGAUGAGCUCUAUACAAAGAAGCUUCUGCCAUCAGUGUGUGAAUGUGGUGUGAAGAGGUGAAUGUGACAUGUGAUGUAAAUUGGCAGCGGAUAGUGCGAUAUAAACAUUGUCCAACUACCAUUUAAACAUAGAAAAAUUCCAGAUGAGUCAAGACACUUUUCUUCUAAUGGUUGCAAAUAAUUUAAAACCGAUAUUUUUAAAAAGAGCAAAGAAUUUGAAACUUCUAAACAACAACAAAUGUCUAAAAAAUGGUUGUUAGAUGAACAACCAAACAGUUAAAGUUGUGUAAGUUUCUUGAUAGUAGAUGUACCUCCAUGUAGGGGUGUCUCGAUACAACUUUUUAACUUCAGAUACAAUACCGAUAUUGUCGUCUUCAGUAUUGACUGAUACAGACAUAGAUCCAAUAUUGGCACAGAUUUGUGCAUGGCAAGUUUUGCACUCAGCUGCAACGUCUUUCUUGGACUUGAACAAAAAAAUUCUGCCACACGGCCGGCAUCACUCCUACUCCUUGCUACUUUGUUAGUACUUUUGUACACACUGUUGUCGUGAUUACGUGGGCUUUGCUGCAAGAUAGAGGUGCUGGAGCGGAGUCUGGAAUGGACUGCUUGAACCAGAGUGCUGAUAUCAGAGAUUUUAAGAUGCAUGCCGAUAUAAUCCGAUAUUCAUUUUUUUGACAUGGACCGAUAUCCAAUAUCAAUAAUGGAUCGCGACAUCCCUACUUCUCUGUCGUUAAUUUUGUAUUGGAAAUAUCACACUAUUAAAGUCUCCUGAUAUAGUUUUACAUGACUCAGCAAACUCACUUUGCGUUGAUGUGAACAGGUGAUAACAUCCAGGGAGUGUCCGGCAGCCCUGUGUCUUGGGAACACUUUUUUCACUCCCUGAUGCUCUACCACGAGAACCUGCGGAGAGACUUUCCAAAUCCAGACGCCGCGCAGUACCGCCACCCACCACUGAGGGGCAUCACUCAAAGAGAGCUGGAGGGACUCACCUCCUUCCUGCAGCUGCUUACAACCAUCAUCACAUGGGUAUACCAUUUUCGAUCUUGAUUACAAACUAGGAUGUUCUAAAUGUCUCAGAAAAGUACAUCUGGGGGUCGCUGAGAGGAUUUUUAAAUAACUGCGCUGAUGUGUUGUGAUUUUUUAUUUUUGUCUCUUUAGAGUGAAAAUGCUCGGUUGGCGUUGUGUGAGCAUCCCCAGUGGACCCCCGCUGUGGUGAUGUUGGGGCUGCUUCAGUGCAGCGUGCCUCCUGUCCUGAAGGCUGAGCUCCUGCACUGCUUAGCUGCGUUUGGGAAGUCACCAGAGAUCGCUGCUUCGCUCUGGCAGUCACUGGAGUACACACAGGUCAGCAUUUAAAGACUCAUGACAAAGACUCUGUCACACCAAGGUGUUGUUUGUCAAUACUGGACUAAAACUUCAAACUUUCGACGUGUCACAGUGAAGCCAUUGUUUUUCUCUGGCGGUGCAUUAAAGCUCUUAUUUGUGUCUUAUCUUUUACCUCAGAUCCUUCAGACAGUGCGAGCUCCAGGGCAGAGGCAGGCUGCCGGCAUCGAGGUAAGUGUUUUGUGGUUGUUGUGGUUCUACUCACUUCCUCAGAGUUUGGCUGGUUGUCCACAGUGACGCACAAGGUGCUACAAGCUUGUCUCACGAGUCAUUCUGCUUCCAGGUUGAGCUGAAUGAGAUCGAGUCCAGCUGUGAGGAGUACCCUCUGGCGCGAGGCUUUUGUCAUCUGACCAGCAUUUUGGUUGAGAGUGGUGUGCCUGCCAAUUUGGGGGCUGGGCUACGCGUGCCAGGCUUUCAACCCUACCUGAACUUCCUGCGGGACUCUGUGUUCCUGCCCUUCCCCACCAGAGCUUACCGCCGCCCGGCUGAGAAGGUGAAGGAGCAUUUAUUGCUGAUCCACUGUCUUUAAAAAUUCAGAAAAUGCAGAGAUAGUUUUAAAACAACAGAUGGAUCGUUUAAAUGUCUUUUUGUUUCUUUACUCUAGUGGGAGGUUGCAGAUGCCGUCCUGGAGGUUUUCCACAAACUGCUGCGGGACUACGAGCCCCAGCCGUCCGACUUUGUCCAGGAGAUGGUCGAGCUGCAGGGUGAGCAGCUCCCAGCCGACAAACCCCCAGGCCACAGCAUCUUGUUCCACCUGCUCAACGACUCGCCCAUGUUGGCGCUCUGCCUCAGCCUGCUGGAGGAGGGCGUACGUCAGCUGGACACCUACGCACCCUUCCCCGGUGAGAGAACACGUGCUGCUGCUGCUGCUGCUGCUGCUCUGGGAGAAACAAAGAUGGCCCCUGUGAUUGUUCUGACCACAUGCUGUGUUGCUGUUUCUUUUGCAGGUAAGAAGCACCUGGAGUCAGCGGUGCUGCACUGCCUCUGCCUGCUGGAUUUGGCUCUGCAGAAGGAGGUGAUGUUCAUGGACUUCCUCAGGGAGAGCCAGUCCUCCUUGCUGGUUUCCCCUUUGGAGCAGCUUCUCCAGGGGGUCAGUCCACAAACUCGCAGGGCUGACCACAUCGUCAAUAUUGCGAGGUGUGUACAUCCAGGUUUGAUCUUGCUGCAAGUAUUUCAAAGUUCUACAACUUGAUGCAACAAAAACCCUCCUCAGAAAGAGUUUUUCAGCUGAAUGAUAAUCUACGUUUGUCCCCUCCAGGUAUCUGUACCACAGCAGCUCCAACCCAGAGGCGGCUUUCCAGAGUGCCAAGAUCCUGCGUCACAUUGCCAACUACCCCAACAUUCAGAACAGGCUGGUGGGAGAUUUUACACACGAUCAGGUACAGAUUUAUCGAGUUUCCCCCAAAAAACAUUUGCAUAAACAUUUACACCAUGAUUUCUGUUUGUACUGGCAAAGUAAAUUCAAAGUAUGGACACGAUUGAUCGUGGAAAAUGUUAAGAAUUAUUGAUUUUGCCGAUACUGAAGGCUACAAUAUCGUUAUCGUAUCGGAAGUAAAACAAAGUUGUAUCAGGACACCCCUAGUUAUUUUACAUUUAAAGACUUUUUUUAGGUCCAUGUCUUUUUUUGUGAAUCAAAUGCAACAGACUGUACCAGAUGAGCUUGAUUCGACUCCUGCGCCGCAACAUUAGUGGGUUUAGAGGUUGGAGAUCGUUUCAAAAUAAGAAAUAAAUACAGGGUUUAUUUUCAUUUUCAUUGUUACACCCCAAGACACCUAAACCUGACUCAUUUCUUGGGUUUGAGAAGCGGUGUCGCUUACAAAUAUUGACAUACAUUUCCUUAUGUUCACUACUUUGUGUGUUAUUUUCUUUAUAAAUACUUAGCAUUUAAAGUGCAACAUGCAGAGGUCUCCAGCAGGAGGCAGAAUUCAAACCACUGUGGGAAACGGUUAUGUGACAGCUAAUAAAAAAACUUUACCAUAACAGCUCUUUGUAACAAAUGCUCUUAAAUCUAUUCUGAGGUUGCACAGAUUAAAUUCAGGGUGUAUUUGAAAACAAAACGGUCACAAAAGGCACGUACCUGAGAGGUUUGUUUUCUCUGUCUUUCAGUCUGUGAGUGAUAAACUGAUGGCGGGCUUUGUGGAGUGUCUGGACAAUGAAGAGGCGGAGGAGGGAACAGAGAAAGAGGACGGUGAGAGAAACAUGCUCGUCUUUUCUAUGUGGUUAUAAUCCUGCUGUUUAACCUCAGUUAGAACUCAACAUGUCAACAUUUACUCGCAGACUCUGACCCACAAAAGAAGGCUUCAAGAAUCCGACAUGAAACCCAGAUCCACAUCCUGAACCUGCUCAUCACCUCUUUGGAGCUGAAGACACCAAACCUGGCUCUCUAUCUUUUGGGCUACGAGGUCAAGAAACCAGUUUCCACGACCAACCUGCAGGACCCAGGUCAGACUGAGCAUCAACUGAUUUGUUUUUUAAAAUUUAAAUGGCUUUUUCAACAAUAUUGUGAUUUAAACUAAAUAGAUCAGAUGGCCUGAGAGACAAUUGUGUGUUUGUGUGCUGCAGGUGUGUUAGGAUGUCCAAGGAGUUGCCUGCACGCAAUCCUGAGUCUGCUGCGGCAAGGCACUGAGAAAAGAUCAGGACCUGUCCUCACACAGCAGGCCCCACACCUGGCUGAGCUCUGCUACCAGGUAAUCUUCGCAACAAAGGCUGUCGCACAGUUGCUCCAUUUUUUACUGUUAUUAAGCUUUUUAAUAAGCUCUAUGUUUGUUUUUAUUCAUGUGACCGCGAAUGUUUCUCUCUCAGGUGAUCUACCAGCUGUGUGCCUGCCCGGACACAUCAGGACCCACCAUGCGGUACUUGAGGACCAGUCAGGACUUCCUGUUUUCUCACCUGCAGCACCUCCCCUUCAUCCUGCCCAGUGAGUACAGGGUCCUGCACCCCAAUCAAAAUGUUUUUAAUAAACAGCAUUAAUAAGAACUACAGAAUUUAUAAAAGUAUUACAAAUGUGCGUCAUGCCUCCAUGAUGUUUGAAUGUCAGGGGUUUUUCUGGCCCAUUAUUGGCCUCCUAAGUUGACAACAGGGACAUUCAGUCUGCUUCCAUCAAAGCCAGUGAGUGUUUGUUUCCUCAUCUGACAGGACUUUAAGGAUUCUCUUGUUGUGUUAGAUUACCAAUCCUGAAUGAAGAUAAAGUGAUCCGCUGUAAGGGUUAGGGGGAUUUGUUUCUCCUUUCUGUUAAAUUUGUAGAGAAAAAAAAAAGCAAACGUAAAAGAGUACGACUCUGUUUAAAAGUCAGAUUACACAGAUUACGCACUGCAAAGGUGGUAGACACAAAGACAAGGUCUGUUGCUCCACACUGCCCAAUGACAAAAAAGACAAAAACUUCAGAAGUAAAGGUUAAGUGAUUUUUAUAUGCAGAGUGUGAUUCUUAAUGCAGUGGAUCCACUUCGUCUGGUAGCUGUGUCUGUAAUCAGCACCGCAGCGCUCGAUCUGUGCAGUAAGGAUGCCAUCAGUGAGCACAGAACUGCAACCAGUGACAACAAAAUGUGCUGAUGUGGCUUGAUUUUCCAGAUCGAGGACGAGCUAAUCCUCUAUGAUUGAAUAUUGAUCCAUCCAGCACACAUAAAACCAACACCACCACACUUUGAUUCAGCAGAGACUUUCUCAAAGGAGCCACAUUUUCAGCUGGUCAAAGUCAGCUUUCAUCAUUUCAAUCUCCAUUAAAAAAAAAAAAAAAAUUUAAAUAUAUAUAUAUAUAUAUUAAAAAAAACAAAACUUUUCAGUAAUGUGAUUCUAUCAGUCUGUGAUUAUUAAAAAAAAAGCACCAAGUAAACUAAAUAGUAAGAAGUCUUUCGACCAAAAGGAAGACCUGAAAGAAGGAAUAAUUCUCAUUUAAAGCCAAACAACAUAGAGAAAUAAACCCACGCUCUGUGUCAUAUUUCAGUUUGUGAGAUAUACUCUUUGUUGGACCUCCUUGCAUUGUUACAAACUUCUAAACAGAUUAAUGGACAAAAAAAAUGCUGCUUAUCUCUGGAUUUGUUUUGUGAAUAUGUUAAAAAAAAAAGAUUUGCUAUUUGUUUGACUACAACUUGAUUUCUGCUGACUUGAGCACUCGUCUUCACUCUGACCCUGGUGAAUUUUCUUUGAUGCUGACGAAAACAUCGGUGCACCACUGAUUCUUUCUUUGGCAGAAAAACCCUGUAGCUGCUGUUGGUCAAGGUAAGACACAUCCCUCAUGACUUUUCUGCUCUCUUCAGAUAAUCAGAUCGCCGCCCUCUCUCAGAUGUCCUGGCUCAUGAAAACAGCUGCAAUCGAGCUGAGAGUGACCUCGCUGAACCGCCAGCGUUCGCACACACAGCGUCUUGUCAGCCUCCUGCUGGAUGACCAACCGCACACUCAGCAUACGGGUAAGUUUGUUGUCGAGGUCUGAAGGUCUUAAAUGUUUAUCUUUGUAACUAUCAAACCUGAACCUCUUCUGUUUUUUAACGAUCUUUCACGUUUUCCAAAGCUUGCUCACAAUCUGGUGUCGAGCUUCCUUAAUUUCACACACAAUAAUCAAGAAUGACAAAUGACUCACUAGUACACCAAAAGACAAACAUCAUUAUUUCUGUUUUUUUAGCAGAUGGAGAAUCUGGCAUGGAGGAAGAAACCAGAUCUGUCAGCGGUUUUCUGCAUUUCGACACUGUUUCUAAAGGUUUGUCAUCUUGGUAUAAAUAUCAAUCUGAUAUUGUUUGACAAAUCCAUAAUCAAUCAUCACUCCCUCAAAGCUUUGAGUCAAUUGUAGCUCUAUGUCUGACCCCACACCCUCGAUUGAUUCCAACUUGAACCCUCACCUUGUCUGUGCUUGAUGCCAUCAGUACGCAGGAAGUUGCUGAGCGUGCUGGACGCCAUCGACUUCAGUCAGGACAUGCCCGAGCUGCUGCAGCUGGACUUCUUUGAGCGCGCUCAGAUCGAGCAGGUGAUCUCCAACUGUGAGCACGUCAACGAACAAGGACACACCGUGUGCAACGUCAAGGUAACUUUUGAGGUUGAACACGUAAUUGAGCUCUGAUUGGUUCAAUAGUCGAAUAAUGUUGUUUGUUUGAUCUCAGUUGCUGCACAGGGUUCUGGUCGCUGAAGUGAAUGCACUGCAGGGGAUGGCAGCCAUUGGACAAAGACCUCUGCUAAUGGAGGUGAGUGAGAGAAAACCUAAUCAUUGAGUUUGGUGCUGCCGAUGACUCCAUUUGAUUUCUGAUCACGACGACCGACUGAAACUUUUAAAGAACAAGGGUCCUUGUCCUUUUAAAACCAUGGCCUCCUCUGUCCUUAGAGGUGACUCUCAAAUAGAUCAGUCCAAAAACACACGGCCUAAUUUAGAGUUUCCUGUGCAGCUGUGAAUCGUCCUGUUUAAACUAAUGCUGUUAUUAAUCAGUCAUAAUCACCUCAGGGGUUUGUGCGGCUCCAAAGAAAAGGUGGAGUCUCAGUGGGGGGGGUUGACAGGCUUUCUGGCACACUUGCUUGAGUCCAGCCUUUAUUUCUUCAGGGCAUGUUUAAUAAAGCAGGAUUCCAUAAAAUCCCAAAAGGGUCUUCAGACAGUAAAUGAUCAUCUCUUGGGGUGUUCUGGUUUUAAGUUUGAGAGAGCCACUAUAACCAGGAAUCUGUCAUGCAGUUUCUUACUCUAAGACCAUUCCUCUCUCUCUCUGUGUUUUUUCCCUCAGGAGGUGACGUCCAUCCUGCAGCAGGUGGUGGAGCGAAACCGCGUCCGAAGAAGUCUGAGUGCGAAGCGACACGCUCUGCGGUCCUGGAGGAGUCUGGUGGAGACGCUGCUGACAGCCUGCCCCUCAGAUCUCAUACCUGCUGAUGACAGACAGCUCAUCAUCAGAGACCUGCUGCUGGACCUGCACGAUAAGGUCAGUGAGGAUAUUUGGCGUGCAGCGUGGGAAAUAAGCACAGCAGUGAUUUAUGAUGUGAUUUUAAUGGUGUCUAAUGUUAUUGCUUAUAGAAAAGGCCUUACUUACCCAGUGAAGAAAAUAUAAGUAUACUCCUAAGACUUGUAGGAGUGAAUGAAUUGUAGUUUCCUGUAAUAACCGACUUUGUUAAUACCUCAAAUCUCCAGUUACUUUUAGCAGUAAACUCAAACCUUCCUGUCCCGUUCACAGGUGUUAUCCGAGGACGCAGCAGGAGAACUGAUGCCCAUCGUUGCUGGGGCAGUCUUCACUCUGACAGCUCAUCUCAGCCAAUCAGUCCUGUCCGAGCAGCAGCAGGGGGCGGGGUUAGAAGCGUCCUCAGGCUUUGCAUCCAUCGCCAACUCAGCCCUGCAUCUGAUUCUCCGCAAGCUGCUGGACUUCAUCCUUUGCACAGGUAUGUAAAUCCUUCAUGACCGACGUCUCAAAGCCGUCAUUGUUGAAAAUGUUCAUAAAACAGAAUUUAGUGGUCUGCAGAAAAUCAAUUUGAAUUUAAAAACUUUAGUUUUCUUAAAUAUGAAAAAAAAAAACUUUAUCUGUUCAUUUCAAUUUGAUGCCAGGAACAUGCAGGUCUUUUUCUCGGGAUGAACGCUCCCGACACAUUCUUGAGUUAAGUUCUUCUGCUCUUUCCUGCCCAGUCAAGGGCUGAGCUGAUAAACCUGACACUUCCCAGUCAAGGUGUGAUGACAAAGGUUUAUCUGAUCGAGCGGUCCUGCAGUUCUUUCCUGCUGACAAUAAACAAUCCUGUCUUUGUCACUUUGGAGUAGGAAGGAUAAAAGGUUUGUCCUUUUGAGAAGGCUGCUUUGGUUAUCUUGUAUAAAGACAGGAGGUUGAAGAAAGAUUGUGAUUCGGUGUUAAAGGUUUACACCGUCUCGUCUCCAGUGACCAGAUGUAAACCUUACAUUACCUAGGAAGUGGUCGUCUCUAUUUUUUAUUUUCUUUUUUUUUUUAGAGUUUAAAUGACUAAAAACCACCAAAUUAUAAUUUUAUGAACAUUUUAAACAUUUUUCUAACUUUUUCAUCUGUUUGGUAAACUUUGGUUGAAUCAGAGUUUAUAAUGUUGAUUUUUCCUCAUGAAGGAGGUGGAUACCAGCGUCUGCGCGCCCACUUGUACGGCUCUCUGCUGUACUAUCUCCAGAUCGCCCAGAAACCUGAAGAGCCAGACACUCUGCAGACAGGUAUAACACUCAGAGAUUUGAACAGACAGACCUUCAUGGACCUAAUUUGAUCAUAAAUGGUUUGAAAAGUUGUCUGCUUAACUGAGAAAGACUUCAUCUCUAUUCUUUCAGCUGGUAAAGCGAUGUGGGAGCGUCUGACUGCGCCUGAAGAUGGUUUCUCUAAACUGCAGAGGGAGAACCUCGCCAUCAUCGAGAGCUACGGCAAGUCUCUGAUGGAGGUGGUGUGCCGGGACGCCUGUGACGGCCAUGAAAUAAGCAGGGUGAGAGCGGCGAUGUGAAAGAAAACCUUCAUCUUAUAACUAAUGCAUUUUAUUCGUCGGACUAGAGUAAGCUGUGAAUUCCAGAACUGAAAGGACCCUCAAGGAUAAACCCUCAUUGUCAACUUUCUCUGUCUGUCAGAUGUUGGCUCUGGCAGUGCUGGACCGGAUCCUAUCUAUAGACCGUCAAAAUCAGUGGCUGUUAUACGUCUGCAACAGCGGCUACCUGCGGUCACUAGUGGAGAGUCUGAGACAGGAUGAUGUCGCCCUGCAGAGCCUGCUCACACCCCAGCCCCCCCUCCUAAAACCCCUCUACAUCUAUGAGAGUAAGAUGGUAAGAGCGGCUCUCUCGCUACUAUCAGAUUAAGCUGCGCACUUAUCAGGAUCACUGGGAUACACACUCUGUCGUGUUUUCAGGCUCUGCUGACUCGUGUGGCCAAGACCGGGCAGGGGGCCGUGGAGCUGCUGCGCUGUGGUCUGGUGGCUCAGCUGAUCGAGUGUCAGGUGUUUGACAUGGUACCUGACAGCGAGACACACAGGUAUGAAGUCAAGUGGAAAGUGAAAUGAAGGAGUGUUUGGUGUCAGUCUUUUGAUCUUGAGAGUGUUUUUAAAAGAAGGUCAAGUGGAAAUAAAGUUAAACAUUUUCAACUCCAGGUUAACUCCAACUUUUCCUCUUCCCCUCACUGCUGUCCACAGGGUGAUGAGGGACCCAUCAGGCUUCAUCCCAAGUCCUUUAGACCGUUACAGGCAGAUCCUCUCACCCACCUUGAGGCUGUUCCAGGUGAUCCUGACCUCCACCACUAUGAAUCACCAGCAGGGGGCAGCACAGGUAAAUAGAAAACUGCUUUUAAAAUUAUAGCAAGAAAUCCGUCUCUGGGUGGACUCUUCAGAUUUCAGAUGUGAUUUUGUCUGUUUGUCUCUGCAGGUCCUCCAGUGGCUUAUAGUCCACGCAGACACUAUUCAGGCUCUGCUGCGCAGUCAGGAGCUCAGUAUGGGAGCUUUGCAAGAGCUGUCGUUGCUUACAGGCAUCAUCAGCAAGACCGCUCUGCCAGGUGAAUAUGCUUAUUUUGUCCAACUUUCUAAUGAAAACCAAAACUCUGAAAAAAAUCAGAAAGCUACAUAAAUGAUCAAUAUGAACAAAGUUUAAUCUCAAAUUCUUUAGAGCCAAUAUAAGAUUAAAAGUAAUGCUAGUAUAAUGUUUACACGUUUGAUGUCCUUUUUCCAAAAAUGAGCACAUUUGAAUCCCAAAAUAAUUUACCAACUCACAAAAAUCUAUUUUUAUUAACAUUUGGCACACUGCACCGACUUCUUUUGAGUCAGUGUUUUAUGAUAUUUACACAUUUUCAUGAAAUCCACAUUUUGAAAUGACAGAGUACCUCUAACAGUUUUUGAUUUUGUGCUUCAUGGUCUCUCAGGUGUCCUUGAGAUGGGCGGGGAGGUCAAUGGCGCCGCUCUCCUCGAGUUCCAGGGUCACAUCAACAGAUUCCAGGUUUGGUUUUAAAUCACUUAAGUAAAGAUGAGUUUAUCCCCCGGUACUGCACGCCCACACCAACAUGUAGAUACUAACGUCACUUAUCUUACUCUUUUUUUAUUUUUAGCACCUCUGUUUGUCUCUGCUGAGCCGUCUGGCAGGAAGUGAGCGCGAGAGGUUACUGAAACAGGCGGAGAUCGCUGCACCUGGAGAAUCUGCAGAAAGGCGAGAGGAGAUGGAGGUGGCCAUGCAGCAGGUCAGAGAGAAACCACUCUCAAAUCUGAGAAGUCAAAUAUAUGUUGAUGUUGAUACCUGUGAGGUUUUGGGGGUCUCGUCUCCUUGAAAAUGUCAGGAGGGUAUUCAUGAGACCAGUUCAUCAUUAUGUAUGUGCACAGUAUAAUGGACAGGGAUGAAACUGCACCGACACAAAGGCUGCGGAGUCUCAUAUCCAUAAUCAUGAUUAUUCAUCAGUCCUCCUCUGUGACUGACCUGAGAGGUGCUGUCCUCUGUGUCCAGGUGUGUGCUAACAUCAUGGAGUACUGCCAGACCCUGCUGCUGCAGAGCUCGGCCCAGGCCCAGUUCAGCAUCUGCCUCUUCAGCCCGUCAGGCAGCGAGCCAGCUGGCAGGGAUGGAGGACGCUCAGGUCAGUGAUAUUCCGCCUGAACUCGGAGGAAUUCGACUCCCGUGUGACCGUGACGAGCUGCACUUUGUGCUGUCGGGUCUUUUAGAGAGUGAUCGCUGAGUUUUUAAAAUGAUCAAGUUAGCUUUCCAUUUUUACUUCCUGGAGUAAUAAUGUAAUUAUCAUUUAUGAUGCUGGAAAUGUCCUUCAAGUAAUACAACAAGCAUUGAUCAGACGACAGUGAGCGAUACAGAUGAGUUUGAGGGUCAGAGAUUGAGGACAUUUUCAUACUUGCUACGUUUAGAGACAUUUCUGUAAAACAAAAUAAAGUGUCUUGAGGUGUACUCGUCAGUUAUGUUUUGAUUUGAAGUGGAAAUAUAGUAAAGCUAUAAAAUCAUAAUCUGAUGCAUACAGAUUUUUACUCAAAUUACAAAGAUGAGAGAAAUGCAGCAAGUCAUGUUUGUAGGGUUUUAUAGAUUCUGAGAAAUCCUACAAAGAAAUUAAUGUUUCAAUGAAUUGAUACGAAAAUAAACUCAUUAGUGCUCUCUCAGUCCACAUGAGUAACAGAGUAUGUCAAGCACUAAUAUUGUGAACUGCAGUGAUUGUGUUCAUGUUUCGUAGUCUCAGUGUUUAUUUAUAUUUUUUUGUAUUUUUAUGUUUUUAAGAUCAUACGGUCCUAUAAGGCUGUCAAACAUCACUUGAUACUUGUUUUCUUCCAGAUCUUUCAUCCACGGUGCCCUCCAUGGUGUACUCCCGGGCCCCCAGUUUAGGUCUGGUCCUGUACCUGCUGAAGAACAGCGCUGCAGAUUUCUUCCGUUUCCACCAGAGUCACAGACAGAGCCUGGGGAAGCUGCAGAGUCUGGAUCAGCUGCCCCCUGAGGAGCUCAAGGAGGUAUCUCCUUAUCGAUUCACCCAUUUACUGUUAUCAGCCACUGAGGAAACUAUCUUCUCCUUUUAUUUCAGUGUAACUUUAUCAAGUAAACUCAACAAAAAAGUGAAUUUAAAAGCUGUUGUUUCUUGUUUGCACCUGGAAGGCUCAAACAUGUCUCUGUACUGACUGACCUUCUCUUUUUCAGCUGUGUCAGGGUCUGGUGUCCGGCCCAGGAGGGGUGGAGAAAAUCCCCUCGGUCCAGAGGAACUUGCUGGCAAAGAGACGACUGGUCCAGCUUAUUAACAGCCGGGCAAAGCUGCUCGCCCUCUGCUCCUGUAUCCUUUGGUCCUUUACGGGGUCAGCUGUAAUCACACUGACUACAAGACCAGAAUUUCAAUGACUCUGCAUAAUGUCCCCCCAAAGAAAAUCCAUGUCCUUGAGAGUUCUCUUUAGUGAGCUGGAGUAAAAUCAUGCAGAAAAAAACCUUAACUUCCUCCUCCUUCAGACGUGAUUGAGACGUGUUUGUUUGUUCUGUGGCGCCACCUGGAGUACUACCUGUUGCACUGUACCCCCACUGACCCGAAGGACCUGCUGCCUGGAGCUGGUUUAUUCAGAUCUCGUCUGGCAGAUGGUGAGAUAUUCACAGGGUUCCUUUGCAAGUAUGGAAAUACAUUUGAUCAAUUUCCAGAUCUUAAAAAGUAUGGAAAAUGAAAAAUAAAGUAUGGAAAAAUAUUUAUGUUUUCAGACUAUUACCAAAGUUCUAAAAUGCUGUUUUCUAAAAUAGAAAAGAAGAUAUUUCCAAAAAGAAUUGUAAAAAUUAGGGUAUGGAAAAUAUGAAAAUUCCAGCUGUGUAGGAACUCUGUAUUCAGAAACUGUUGCAGGAUUUCAUCCAGUUAACUCUGCACCAGUUUGAAAAAUCAAAAUGUGCAAUGCAGCGAUUAUUUAAUUAAAUCACACUCUGCGUUCCUGAUCUGCAAACAUAUUCCUCUGGAUGUGGGUGAACUAAACUCAACCACAUGAGUCUAAUUCAUUGACUCUUUUUUCCUUAGACUCGUUUGGGGGGUUGCAGGCGAGUGGAAGACGUGGGCUCAAUCUGUCGCGAGUCAGCCAACAAGACCUUGACUUGGUAAGAAAUAAAGAGCGUGCUGCUUUUUGCACACAGCCGGUACUGUUAUUUGUACAUCUGUGUCAACCUCUUCACUGUUCCUGUGUCUGUGCAGCUCAAAAGCGACAUGGCUGCCAGCUUUGGAGAGGCCCUGCAGAGGAAGCUGCUGGAGGUGGAGGGUCUGUACAGCCAAGUCCGCUCUCGCUACACUUUCAUCCAGGCUCUCGUCCGCAGGAUCCGCGGCCUGCUACGACAACCUAAAAGCUGAGACACACCCUCAAAGACAUAAAGACUGACUAAAACUCAAAUCUUCACUCUCAUGAAGUGGACGAUAAUUUCUGCCAAGCAACUCCACAAAUCUAUAAAGGACUCUUAACUCUGUUAGUUUGCUCUUUCAGGACACAGCACUCUUUUCUACCGAUCUAUUAAAGCUCUUUUCUUGAGUGUUUUUGGACGUUGAUGCCAACCACAGUGUGUGUGGCAUUCUGUGUGAUCAUUCCUAACAAUGUUUGACUCGCUCGAUGUAAGAAGUGUUCCUCAAAGACAUCAAAACGUGGCUUUGCAUGAACACUUCGUACAUUCGUACUGAGAAUUCGGUUUUCUUUUGUUUGAACUGAUCUUUCUCUUUUGUGAAAAUAAAACUUUUCUAAAUCUGUUUAA